UUACUGCUUUUCUGUCUUCCUUUACUAAAAUGUAAGCUCCAUGAAUGGAAGAGCUGAUGUAUCCCAACUGCCUAAAACAGUGUCUGGCACAUAGCUGGCACUCAAUAAAUAUGUGUUAAAUGCUAGCACAAUCUCCGCCAGACUAAGCCCGGAAUAACUAGAUGGUGCCCAGUUACCAUCACUGACUGCUCUGACAGGGAUCACAAUAGAGGGUCCCGGACAGAUCAGGAGAAAAAUGUAGAACAAAAUUCAAAUUCACAAAAGAAAAAGACCAGACUUGCUGGUCUGACAAGAAACUGGAGAAAUUCUGCGAGUAUGGCUCCUGGACACCGUUUUAACUCAGUACUGAAGUCACUCCCAAGGUUUAACCUUCAACCAAAGAUUAGACAAAUCUGUAAGACAAACAAUAACACACGUGAGGGACAUGCGUCAUAGUUCAGUCAUGUACACGAGACUAAUGGGCACACCAGCCCAAAAGCAAAGACGAGAAGGCAGGAAGGGACGGGAAAACUGGACGAAUGGAAACAGGGAACCCGGGGUGGAGAAGGGGAGAGUGUUGACACAUAUCGCAGGGUUGGCAACCAAUGUCGCAAAACAAUUUGUGUAUUCAGUGUUUAAUGAGAAACUAAUUUCCUCUGUAAACUUUCACGUAAAGCACAAUAAAAAAAAUAAACACGAUAAAUGGAUGAAAUUAGAUAAAGGACACUGAAUGGGGUAUAUAUGGACUCAUUGCUAGGCAACUUUGGAGGUGAAUUAAUUCUGGCAGCAUUUUAAUUGCUUGUUAGCAGCCAAAAAUUCUCACUUAGACAAAGAAGAAAUUGCAAAGAGGUAACACACCGUGUAAGGGAGAUGCCAGUGCCCAUGGGUCCCUAUGGGCAGUCCCAGCCAAGCUGCUUCGGCCACUUGAAGAUGGGCUUCGUGAUGGAUUGUACCAUGGGCAUGGUGGCCGGGGCACUCUUUGGCACCUUUUCCUGUUUCAGGAUGGGAAUGUGGGGUCAGGAGCUGAUGGGCGGCAUUGAGAAAACCAUGUCACAGCGUGGCAGCACCUUUGGCACGUUCACAGCCAUGGGAAUGGGCAUCUUGUGCUGACCAGUGCAGUCAUCCACCCCCUCCCAUCAGUGCCAGCCCGUGUACUAUAAUAGAAUGAGGUCUUUGACUAAAAACAAGGAACGGCAAAGGGCCAGUGCAGGGAGAGGGGAGAGGCCAUAUGUUUUAGGUUUUUCUCUGGUAUGGCCGAUAGCCUCUAGCCGAGCUUAAAAAAAACGUAAAAAAUAAAAUCCAGGGAUGUUCUCAAUGAGGAGAGAUGCAAGAGGCCUCUUGGCUUUGAUUUUGUGUGUCUCAAUUCUACUGUGACAUUUAUUUUUUAUUGAGACGAUCCACUUACUGUAAAGCUCACCCUUUUAAAGUAUGUAAUUCAGCGGUUGUAAUAUAGUCACAAAUUUAUGUUCCCAUCACCACUGUAUAAUUCAGACCAUUCCAUCACCCCAAA